UGCCCCUACGGCUUCCGCUUCCGCGCAGCAUUUCCGGUUUCCGGCGCGCGCCUCUCCGGUCCCGCGCGGCUGGCGGGACGGGCGGCGCCAUGGCGGGAAUCAAAGCGCUGAUCAGCCUGUCCUUUGGGGGAGCGGUCGGACUGAUGUUCUUGAUGCUCGGAUGCGCCCUGCCCCAAUACAACCGGUACUGGCCUCUGUUUGUUCUGUUUUUUUACAUCCUUUCUCCUAUCCCAUACUGCAUAGCAAGAAGAUUGGUAGAUGACACAGAUGCUACAAGUAAUGCCUGCAAGGAGCUGGCCAUAUUCCUUACAACAGGCAUUGUGGUCUCAGCAUUUGGGCUGCCCAUAGUGUUUGCAAGAGCAGAACUGAUUUACUGGGGCGCAUGUGCACUCGUUCUCACUGGGAAUACAGUCAUCUUUGCCACCAUCCUAGGAUUUUUCUUGGUCUUUGGCAGCAAUGACGACUUCAGCUGGCAGCAGUGGUGAAAGGAAGAUCAGAGAACUAUCCACAGGCAUCUUGUCAUGCAGUGGCCAUCCAUACAAAUGAGAGAAUGGGCAAUAAAGAGAAGUAGCAUAGCAAGCCUCUUGAAUAUUCUAGAUGCUCCUUUUGACGUUGUUCGUUCUGAGUGUACUACCGUUGCUGACAGGGUUUCUACGUUUUUAUGAAGUAGAGAGAUGAUUGACUUCAUUUUUACCUAUGGUAUGUUUUUAGGUGCUCUCUUGGUUUAAAAUUGUCAUUCUUCUGUCCAAUGUUUUAUGUGAAGCUUUAAACCAGGAACAACAUUUAAAUAUAGUUUCAGAGAUUUAAAGUUGGGGGGUUUUGGUGGGGUUUUUCUUUGUUGGUGUUUUUUUGGUUUUUGUUUUUUAAGUUAUGAAUUAAUACUAUGUUACUUUUUUUUUAUAAAUACCAGGAUUAAAUUAUAUACAAGCUGAAUGGAAGUAAGAGAUUGUCCACCACCAUUGCCAAUUACCAGAUCAAUAGAUUGUUGCUAUAUUUUAGCAGUGGCAAGGUGGGUUGGAGAGUACUGGUUGAAGAUUUUCUUCUGCCCAUACCUCAGACUGGGUGAUGAAUGUUGAUAGCCUUCAUUUCAGGAGAAGGCUGAGGAGCAGGUAAAGUUAUUUGGGAGAGAAGUCCUAAAUUUUAAUACCACUAGCUCUUUUACCUGCUUUGUCAUAGAUUCUGUGGAUGUGACAUUCAAAUACUCUGUAAAUCUAUUGAUGCUGACAUACAAAACUGAAGUGUAUUGUAGGGGAAGAGAAAAUGAUGUUUAAAUUCCAUUUUUUAAAAAAAGUAUCUUUUGAACUCUUUCUAUUUAUAAGCAUUGUAUGGUUUUGAACUUUUAUGUCAGCUUUUUACCACAAAGAUGGUAAAAUGUUCAUUUAUGGAACUACUGGUCUGUGUUAAUUUGAAGCAUAUACAAAGCUAUUUGCUCCUCUCCCUUUUUAAUUUAUUUUUUACAUAGCAUAUAUAUAUAAAUAUAUAAUAAACCAGCUUUUAAAAUGUAGAUUAAAACUUUGUGUAAAACUUGCCUGAGUUUUCCUGCCCCCACCCCCUUUUUUUUCUUUUUUUUUCCCCCCCUCAAUGCAGCUGAGGCACAACUUUUGGAAGUCACUGGCUGAACUGAUUUCACUGACUGUUUUUAAGUUCUUUUGCACUGUUGGUUAAUAAGAUUUACUGUUAUGUCUGUAACUGUAGCUUGUAUUCUGUAAGAUUGCACAUGUAGCUUCAAGUAUUUAAGACAAGUUUUCUGCAUACCUCUCAAUUGUCCAGAUUUUUUAUUUGAAGAAAUCUGCCACUGGGCAUUCCAUCACAGCACAGUUGAUGAGUACUACUUAAGCAGGUUUGGCUGUACCACAUGCAGUGAUGACCUUGACCAAACUUUUGAGCUGUAUUUUUCAAUUAUUUAAAAAUAAGUCUAUGAAACUUAACUGUGUAAUUGAAAGCUUAGGUUUUGCUCAACAGUAUGAAAAGGCAGAGAACUGCAGGUCUUGGCUGUAGUAUUUGUGUGCAGAUGCAAACCAAGUGUAGAGUUUGCAUGCAUAUAUAUAUAUAUAUCCCUCCACACACUGCUUUGUUCAUGUCCUGUGUGUGGAACAGAGGAACAAGCAGGUGCCAAGACUCCAGAGCAGAAGCCAGUCCAGAGCAGAUGUACUUCAGGCAUAACCAAGUGCUUCACCAGGCUGCCUGCGAUGGUGGCGUUCAGAGCUGCACGAGGACUGUAGGAUCACAAGUUUCUUUCCCUUUUACUGCAAGAUUUCUGCACCCACAACCCCAGUACGAUGGAUGCUUCAAAAAAUCUUCCAAACCAGUGGCUAAAGUUGCAGUCCUUAUGGAGGAGGAAUGCCUAGGACUUAUGUACAUAUAUGUACAUAUAUGAUCUGUUUUUAUAUGUACACAUAUGAUCUGUUACCUGUUCCUUUUUCAUGGUCAGGAACUGUUUUCUCCUUCAUUCCUGAAGCCACGUGAUGCUAUUCUCUGCAUCAUGGAGCUGACUCUGUAUGUACUGGUGGUGGAUUUUUUGUUUGCUAAUUGCAUUACAACACUCCCUCCUUGCUUGCACACCAAGUACGUGCAGUAUUGCUCUGAUUCAUGAGCGGGACACUUGAGAGGUAUGAUCCUUCCAUAUAAUAUGCACUGAGAUUGUGUUACCAUCCUUCUAGAGGGAAAAACUUUGAGCGAUACAAAUUUUAAAUAGCAAUCUUGAGUUCUGUAUGUUUAAUCAAAAAUACUCUAAUAAAAAGAGUAUUUUGUUUAAAGUA